UCUAUUUCCUUGUGUUCUGUUGUUUUCAGUCCCCAAAAUGGCGAAUGCGGCGAAUGCAGCUGCAGUGGUUGUUGCCGCUGCUAAUCGGGAUCCAGCGCUCGAUCGUUCUUUGCGCUCAGUGUUUGUGGGAAACAUUCCAUAUGAAGCCACGGAAGAACAGCUGAAAGACAUCUUUUCCGAGGUCGGAGGAGUUGUCAGCUUCAGGUUAGUGUAUGACAGGGAAACGGGAAAGCCAAAGGGAUAUGGCUUCUGUGAAUACCACGACCAGGAGACGGCCCUCAGUGCCAUGAGGAACCUGAAUGGGAGAGAGUUCAGCGGUCGGGCUCUCCGUGUUGACAAUGCAGCGAGCGAGAAAAACAAGGAAGAGCUGAAGAACUUGGGAACUGGUGCACCCAUUAUUGAGUCUCCAUAUGGAGAUAGUGUCUCACCGGAGGAGGCUCCAGAGUCCAUCAGCAGAGCUGUGGCCAGUCUGCCACCAGAACAGAUGUUCGAACUCAUGAAACAGAUGAAGCUGUGUGUGCAAAACAGUCCCCAGGAGGCCAGGAACAUGCUGUUGCAAAACCCUCAGCUGGCCUAUGCGCUGCUGCAGGCCCAAGUGGUCAUGCGGAUUGUUGACCCUGAGAUAGCCUUGAAAAUGCUUCACCGUCAAGCUGCAGUCCAGCCUCUGAUUACUAGUGGCCAGGGAGCAGGAGCACCGGCAGCCAACCCCCCUCCGGCUCAGCCCAGUGUGCCAGUUUCACAGCCACAGCCUGUGCCUGGAAUGCAUGUCAACGGAGCCCCACAAAUGGCACCCCAAAUGAUGCAGCCGCCCAACAUUGGUGUGGUUCCCGGAUCCAUGACGGCACAAGUGGUUCCAGGACCAGUUGGACCAGGACAAGUGGUUCCAGGACCCGUUGGGCCAGGGCCAGUGGGACCAGGUCCAGUUGGACCAGGACAAGUUGGUCCACCAGGAAACCUUCAGCAUUCUCCCACAGGAUCGUCUGGGCAAGCAAUCAUGGACCGGCCUCCAGGCCCAGGUGGUAUUCCCCCCAGAGGCCUGCUGGGAGAUGGUCCCAAUGAUCCCAGAGGAGGAACACUGCUGUCUGUCACUGGAGAGGUCAUAGACCCCAACCGGGGCUAUAUGGGGGCCCCACCCCCGCACCCAGCCCCGCCUGUACACAUGGGUCAAAUGGGGCAGAUGGCAGCUGGACAAAUCGCAGCUGGACCCCCUCAAGAAAUGAGAGGACCACCUAUGGACAUGAGAGGCCCACCCAUGGGAGAACCUAGAAACAUGAUGGGUGACCCCCGAGGGCCCCCGAUGAUGGAUUCACGGGGACCCAUAAUGGAGCCCAGAGGCCGCGAUCCCAGGGCGAUGGAGGCUCGUGGGCCAGUGGCUCCUCAGAGGGUUCCCAUGGCAGCAGGAAUGCAAGGCCCCCCAGUUCCCCAACAUAUGGCUCCUAAUGCUCCUCCACCCGCCAGACCGGGUCCGGGGGUUCCUCCGUCAGGAGGAGGCUUCAGCCCAGGGCAGAGUCAGGUCUCCACACAGGACCAGGAGAAGGCUGCCCUGAUCAUGCAGGUCCUGCAGCUGACCCCAGAGCAGAUCGCCAUGUUGCCUCCCGAACAGCGGCAAAGCAUCCUCAUCCUCAAAGAGCAGAUUCAGAAGACUGCAGGAGGAGCCCCUUAACGAACUCACUAAAUAUGCAGAAAGUUUUCAGAUUGGUAGCUUUCAUCUUGAUCGAGCAAAGUUGAGGAUUGUGAAGCAUUCCUGCAAUGUUGUGGCACUGGUCUGUACUUUGAAACAAGCUGUUUUCCUUUAUUUUUUCUUGUACACCCCAGACACCUCACUGUGGUCAUGUUGCUCCCAAGUCAAACCAGUUUGAAGACAUCCGUCUGUGAUUGUAUAGCUGCUAGUUGUUUUGUUUCUGUGCAAAGUUCAAAUUUCAGUAGAAAAGAUUUUCAAGUUUCCUUCUGAAGGGUAAAGUGUUUCCAUGUUAUGACUGUGUACACAUAGAUCUGUCAAUAAAGCAAACGAUAAGUGACUGACA